GCGGGCGGGGCGGUGCGGUGCGGUGGGGCGCUGCGGGACGGACGGCGCGUCGGGCCGCGCGCAGUCACCCCGCGGGAGGGACCCGCGAGCCGCCGGGCUGUUGUGCCUCCAUUAGGCCAGAAGCCCCGGGCCGCAGGGGCCUGCCUGCGCCCUCCGUGCCCUGCCUGUCACCGCCCGGCGGACCCAGGACCCCUCCCGCGCCGCCCUCUCACCUCUGGUCAUGGCACCUCUUCUUGGCCUGCUGCUGGUAGCCCUGGUGGGCCUGCCCCUGGCCCAGGCUCUGGACUGCAAUGUCUGUGCCUACAACGGAGACAACUGCUUCAACCCCAUGCGCUGCCCGGCCAUGGCCAUCUACUGCAUGACCACGCGCACCUACUACACCCCUUACCGGAUGAAGGUGAGCAAGUCCUGCGUGCCCAGCUGCUUUGAGACGGUGUACGACGGCUACUCCAAGCACGCAUCCACCACCUCCUGCUGCCAGUACGACCUCUGCAACGGGGCUGGCUUUGCCACCCCGGCCCUCCUGGCCCUGGUCCCCCUUCUCCUGGCCACCCUCUGGAGUCUACUGUGAAACCCUGGCUCCCAAGAACAGACCUCUCCAGAGACAGAUGUCCCCUCUUGCACUGAGCCCCGCGCCACCCAACUUCCUACCCUCCCAAGACCCCCCCCCCUCGGCCAGACCCAGGCCCGGGACCGUCUGCGAGAGCCCUGCAGAGCUCCGGCCGCCAUGGGGCCCCGCCCCAAGGCCGAGACAUUCACGGUUCAGAAGGCUGCUGGGCUGGGAGGGCAGGCCGGACCCUCCUCUGUGGGGGGAGGGGACCCAGGCCGUCAGAGAACCCUGAAUUCAUGGAGGCAGUGGCCAAGCCCCACCUUCCCUGCAGAAAGCUCCCUCCUGCCUACUCAGUGGGUGCGGGGGGGAGGAGCGGGAGGGUCGGGAGCCAGCGAGGGCCAGGCAGGACCCGGCUGCUGCCCAGGACAGGUGUGGACUGGAGCCACGGGGAGAGAGGCCUUUGUCACUGUCAGCUGCUCCUGGCGCCCUGGCAGGCCUGGAAUCCUAGAGCUCUUGGCCAGGAGAGUGGGCAGCCGCACCUCAUCAGGCCGGAUGCCCCUCCAUGCCAGAGGCUGGGGCCCGGAGGGGGGGGGUGUGCCCCAGUGCACAGCCACACCCCUUGACCUUCCCAUUCCCCUCUCUGACAGGUGCUGGGCCCAGUGUCCUGAGGCUGGCAGGGGCCCAGGGGUGGAUGGACUGUGCUAUAUUCAGCUUGGCCUGCCUGCUGGCCAGGGCUAGUGCUAUUCUGGGUAUGGUGG